AUGCGCAAGCCAGUCAAGUUGAAGAAGCUGCCAGCGCCGUACCGAACCGGACAUCACAUCUUCGCGUACCGCAACUUCAGGACGAAUCAGGUCCUUUACUCGUUAACAUACGAACUUCGUGUAUGAUUCAGAACCACGAAUACAUGUGUGUCUGCGCUGAUAGCAGGAUAGAAUGAAGCACUAGAACAACUUCCAGAUCUCGGCGCGAAUUCCAAACCUCCUACAAUACGACGGGACUCAUGGCGGCCUUUCUAUUCGGUCAGCCUUCCAGACACACCCCUCGGCAAAGUACAAUGUCUCGAUACAUACGAGAAACUGCUCAACUACAAAAAGCUACAUGAGCUGUAUUGGGAGCCUCCGCCUGAGCUAGAGCGGCAAUUUACCGAGAAGCAGAUUGAACGGAUGAAAGAAAGACUCGAAAAACGUGGCGGCAGCAAGAAGGAGACCGUUUACGAUGUAAUCGCCAGGCAGAAAUGGAAGAUGAGGGUGAACCAUAUUAUGAACCAGAAGGCCAACAGUAUCGCCGACCUUGCAGCUGUGUUCUUAGAGCAAGAAGACCUCGAAGAACAAGGGAAAAGGGAUGAGCUACGGGAUCAGCAAACUGAGUCCAUGAUCGUGACAAAGCUUGCGGAGGAAGCCGAUACCCAAGGGCUGAACUGGAUGAGGCAGGAAUGGGAAGAGCUAGAAGAUUCACUGAAGGAUGACAGUACAUUGGGCCGGAGGAGAACGAUUCGCAAGGAGAUUGAGGAACUCAAGAGAAAAGAAAAGGAAUCCGAAUACGUUUUACUUAUGGUAAAGGCUGCGAGAGAGCUGAUGGACAUGCCGGAGACCGAGCGGACAAAACUGCAAUUGUAUUGGAAGACCAAAGUGGACCUACAUACGAGCAAAGAAGAUGCAUCGACAUCAGCCUGGUGGGCUCACGCUCUGAGGGAGCAAGGGUGUAGCUGGGCCAGGAUUGCUGCUGCCGCCAAGGUAGAAGCUCGUCAUCCGGAUGAAGAAGCGAUUUCUGCCCUUAUACUGCCCAUCACCGACACCGGAUCUGAUGACUCUCUCACGGUCGACGACCGAUACGACGUGCACAACAACAAGUUCUUGGAAGACCUCGCGGCGUCACGCGCAAGGUCCGUCGAGGGAUCCAAGUCCACAGAGCCUGGGUCAACUCCACCUCGCGAGAUUCCGGACAUUGAGGCUAGUGCCCCAGCUUCGAAGGACUCUCACGAGGGUCCGCCCAACGAUGCGUUGUCAAAGAAUGAUGUGCUGGCCCGUGAAUCUGGGGCCAGUGCCCCAGGUACAGCUCGGCUGGAAAUCACCAGGUUUAUACCUCCCAUCCCGCUGGAUUUUGCGCCUUUGACGGUCGACAUCAAGCUUCUGUCGAAAGACAGCCUCAUUCUGCGAGAGAUCAUGGAUCGCAGGAUAUGGAGGCCAAAAUGGAAAACAGAGGGCAUCGUCGUGCGCUGGGAUCAUCCCCUCGACGCUGAGUUCGCACAGGAAUGGCCCCCGAACGUGCAACACGAGUCUUUAGGUCGUAUACUGGGCAGCCAGCAUCCCGAUCCAAGAGGGGAGUAUCAGCCAAAGGAACAAUAUGUGGACGAUAUGGAUGAAGAGGAAGAGGAGGCGGUCGAGGUCGCAGAAGGAGAAGGUGACAAGCAGCUCGCAUUGGAAGCAGGCAAAGAACGCCGCGUGCAGGAAAGCAACGGGGAAGCUUCGUCCGCGCUCGGUAUGAAGCUUCUCGAUGCUCAUCGCGAAGCCAUGGAAGCUGUUGCAAAGGCGCAAUGGCAAAAAGAAGAUCUGAAUACGGAAGCGUACGCACCGCCAAAGGAGGCAUCGCCUAAAGAGACGGCUUUGCCGUCUGGCGCAGCGGAAGGAUAG